GGGAGUUCGACGUGUGUACAAAUAAACCCAGGAUUUUUCUGUCUUUUUUGAACUGAAAGGAAAGAAAAAAGUGAAAAAUGUUUAUCACAUAAACAGCCUCACUAUGAAUAAACACCAGGAGGCGCUGAUCAUAGCGCGGGAGGAGGAGGUGAUGCGACACGGUAAUGUCCUCUACGGAUUGGUCAAACCACUCAGGGAGGGGAAGGAACUCCUGCUGGAAUCCUCCGCCGCCAUGGUCAACGUUCUACCAAGAAAGAGGAUUUACCGGAUGGGUAGUAGUGAUGAAUUGGAGACCUUCCGAGCUGAACUAUUAAAGCGCCCUCUAGUCGUCCAGCCCAUUGUUUUGGCGGGAUCGGGAUUUCAGUCCAUCAACUGCUUCUUCUCAGUUCAGAGAGAGAAAUGGACGGUGAUGAUUAACCAGACCCACCCUAAGAUCCUUGGGCGACUUCUGAUGGGUAUAGAUGCAGCCAAGCGGAUCAUGAGACGAGGGGAACCCUUCGUACUAGAAUUUGUGUUCAGUGAUAUUGUACGUCGGUUGUACUAUGAUGUAGUUAGGGGCGGUACCAGUUCCAAAUAUAAGUACACAGACUGUGAAUUUGGAGACUUGGUGAUUCGCUACCCAGGGGAUUUCAGACAUCAAGGAAUCAAAUGGGAAAUGAAGGCUUCUAGAAUGCGUUUUUCGUUUGAUGACAUCACUUCUUCAGAAAUUCGAAUUCGGGAUUAUGAAGAAGCAAAUCGUGAGACUCAAGACACACGUAUUAUCGUGUUACCCCGUGAUGAAUUACAAGUUCUUUUACCUGGAUGGACGUUUGAGGAGGAAAUCGCGGAGGAAAAACCUUACAAUUACGAAAAUUAUCAGAUAUGUGAGGAACAAAAUCACGCACCAAUCCCUGCACCACGUGACACGUCACGUGAACAAACAGGACGAAUCAGGGGUCGUUCUAAUCGGAACACUAACGCUAAAAAGUAUGAAGUGUCUGUAGAGCUACAUGCUCCUACAUCAGGUGAAAUGACUCAAGAGACUAGCUUUGUUUCAAAUGAAUACAGAGGAGUGGCAGCAUCUUCUGAGCCUCGGGGGCCUUAUAGCGGAAAUAGAUUUGUUCACAGGUAUCAGGGAAGUGGAAGUGGCCGUUCGGAAUCCUCUAAAGCAGAUAGUGGUUACGAGGGUGAGGUUGACAAUGGCGGAUUUGAUGUCCAAAGACACGCUAGAGGGAAAAAUUCUCACCCUCGGAAAUUUUACACGCCAGAAAAUACCAAUUCAGUGCCAUAUGACAAUCCUGCAUUUACGCAUGAUCAUGACAAACCUGCAUUUGCAAGUGAUUAUGACAUUCAUCCCCCUUACAAUGGCUACUCAAAAGGUAGUGUUGAGGGGUCACAUAAAUACCAGACAGAUAGAUAUAACGAAUGUUAUCAAAACCAAAGGUCUCCCAGAAACAUUGUGUCACAUGAUCAUGACGUCAUUACAGGUGCGCGGCAAUUUCAGACGAUAGAACAACUAGAUGCCAGAAUGACUCUACACCAGGACUACGCAAUUUCACAAUCUAGUGUUAUUUAAUACAUGUUAAUAAGCGCUUUCUUCUUUAAAACCAACUCAAUGUGUUGAUAAUUGUUGAUCUACAAAUUUAAAUAUAUACAUAUAUCCAUAUUAUACUGAUAUUCAAACUCAUAUAACUCCAAUUUGUAUCGGGUAUAUAAUAGGCUCUGGAAGGGGAUAUGUAUACACUGUACUAUUUUUAGUUUAUUGACUUAUUUAUUUUCAUUGGUAGUAAUAUACAUGCAUAAUUUUGUAUGAAAUGUCAUUAUACCUAAGUAUGUAGACUAGCCCAUCUUAA